AUGGAGGCGAGCUGGCGGCUGCUCCUAUUGGUGCUGGCGACGGUGGUGGGCGGGGCCGGCCAGGAGUGGGAGGUGGGACCUGGACCCGGGCAAAGAGGUGUUCCGGUUUUCCAGUGGAACGAGUGGGAGCCCUGGGUGUGUAUGUGUGACAUUGGCAAACAAGGCCGGAUCCGUUACUUCGUGGUGUCUUCGGAGACGGCAAAAAGAAACGUGGACCUGGAAGAAUUCUGGCAGGUCAAGCCGUGCGCCCUUGCCGACUGUAAGUUUUGCCAGACCACCGAGUGCCCAGUACCGGAGGUCGGCGAGACAGCGGCGUCGCGAUUCGGCCGCCGGCCCCCUCGGCCCGCCGCCGGCUCCCUGCGAAUUGCUGAUACCAAGCCGGCUCAGGCAAAUUCCUACGAUAGCCUCCCAGUGAUCGAUGAUGUUGGAUAGGGCGUGUCUCCCUCCGCGCAACAGCUCCUGCUCGGGGAACGAUCAGCUUUACAUCUCUGAUCAUUUUAGAGAAAUAAACUAUAUCAGAGAGUUUGCUUAAACUUUGUGUUUCAGUACCACCCCCACCCCAGAUUCAUGUUCCCUUUGAUACUCGUCCACCAUCCCUUGUCAAUCUAGACAGAGAGCUUCCUGUGGAAGUAAUCUCUGCAGCUGAAAUGUUAGAACCCCAGUUUAGGUUGUUCCUAUGUGUUACAUAUGGGCUAUGUGUUACAUAUUACUGUAAUACAGUAAUACAGAGAAGUUACAGCACAGGGGCAAGCCAUUUGGCCCAGCCUGUGCUGUACUUUCACCUCCACACUAGCACGUGGUUCUAAUCAUGUUUACUCACUUUGUUCCAUAUCCCUUCAAACCCUUGCCCUUCAUCCACCUAUUCGAUCUAAUCCUGAAUGUUAAGUCAAUUUCUGCCUCAGCCUUUCACCCUGGAAGUGAAUUCCACAGCCUCACAACUCUCUGCGUGAAUAGGUCUCUCUAGAUCACUGUUCUAAAUUUCUUACAUUUCAUCUUGUGCUUUUGGUUCCUCAGCUUGACCUUUCAAUGACUGGAAACAGUCUGCUUCUACUUGUCCUUCCAGAAUCUCAUUCAGUGAUAUUGCCCCUAAUUUGUGCCCUUUCAAUGAGAAAACACUCAUUUGUCAGGUCUGUCAUUAUUUUUGUAUUUAUUGCCGUUGUUACAAGCCAGUCCUCAAAGUGUGCUACAUUAUGAAACUUGUGUGAAGCAAUGAAUUCUGACUUGUUUUAACUGAGGCCCAAUCAGCCUGUGUCCGCAGUUUCCAGAUGAGUGGAUGCAGGAGUGAGAUGACUGAGAGUGCACCACAGUAUGAAGAUAUAGAUACAGAGAAUGCUGAGUGUUGAUGGAUGAGUCAUUGCUGCUGGAUAUGGGUCUGUGACACCAGGAAGACUACGGCACUGAGUUGGAGCAGCAGCAAGGAACAAAGCCUUCUAUUUGUCCCACCACUGGACCUUGAGGAAAAAUGAGAGGUUUUUUUUGAUCAAAUCGCUUGGUAACCAACUUGGAUUAGCUCCUAAACCAACUGGUAGUUCCAUGUAUCUAACUCAAAGCCAAUAUCUUUAUUUCAAACCAGUUCUGUUAUUUUGAGGUUGAGUGUUCAACUUAUCACUGAAAUAAAAAUUCUAAACUGG